AUGUCCGGAUCACCGGCCCUCAACCCGCGCUCCUUGCAAACCCGCCUUACUCAUAUCCUCAAACACUGGCCGUCUGAUGCUGUCCGUCCUGCCUCCGUAUCGGUCCAAACCUAUCUGCAAUCCCAGCUUGGCCAGCAACCGAGCGCAAAUGGUUCAUCACAGCCGGAGUCAACCCCCGCAAGCUCCUCCACACCCAAGAUUUCCGAGUCGUCCGUGAAUGCGCUGUCCGCGUUGCUUGAAAAUCGCUUUGCGACCCGUUAUCCUAUGUCUUCCAAAUUGCGGUACCCUGCAAGCAAUCCAGAACAUUAUGACAACGUCAUUCGCGAAUUUGAGGAAGCGCCAAAUCGUGAUUGGUUUGGCCGACUACGGAAGAGAUUAGGUGGAAUCCUUCGGUUCCAAUGA